GCGGGCGGAAGGCCGUGCCCCAGAUGUUCGAGAGCGUCGCGAGCGCUGAUGGGGGCCAAGCGCGGGUGGUCAGCAGCGAGGGGGGCUUUGGACACGGGCGCCAACGACUACUGUGUCUCUUUCCGGUCAACGCUCGGGACAAGGCUAUCGCAUCCCUCGCCCUACGGGCGCGCCUGGCGAACACGUUCGAUGGUCCGAGCACGCCCGCAAACGCCACGUCCGGUGGAAAUACGUCCCUGCAGAUAGUGAGGCGUCUUCUCGAAGAAGCGAAAGAGGCAGACGCGAGGACGGAGAUCGUGCGUGCGGCGGCGGAAAUUGUUCGUGCCGAUGUCGAUCAGCAUCCAGAUCUCAAGAAUGCCCGCAUCCGACGGCAAAAGCACAAGUACAGCGUGGAGUUGGCCGCACCCGUGAAACCAGUGCGAGAUGCCCUAGCUGAGAUGCCCCCGACAUUGGUUGGACUCUUCCAAGGUAUGACGAACAUGCCCCUGUACCCCGAGAUUACCGAUAUAGGGAGUGAGGAUCCCGGCCGGGGCUGGGCGUGGGAUGAAAUAAAAACAGACGGUCCACAGCCAAGCGCAGCGGGGAGUGUACGGCGAGAGGAUGAUGGGAGCGAUGGAGCCGACGCGCUUGAAGGAGCCGCCUGUGAGCGGCAAGCCCCCACUCGCGAUGCCACCCGGGCAGAAGAGGUGGAUUCUGCUGGGCCGACUUCCGAGGCAGCUGCCAUUUCCAUCGAAAAAAACAACCAGGGUAGGCGAGGCUCCGCACGGCGUUUGUACAUGCUUUGCAAGUGCACGGUGAAGGCGAUUUUUCCUGGUCGACACUUGACAGCGGCGGACAUCAAAGGUGCUCAGUGGGCGAAGUCAAAGGGGACCUGCCGGCAGGUUAUCGACUUUGUAGCAGGGCACGGCUUGUGGGCUACGACUUCACAAGUGCAGCAUCGAGAGGACUAUCGUGCGAAGGUCGUUGAGGACAAGGACACUCUCCCCAAGGGGGACCAAUGCGCGGCGAUUGCAAACGACAACUGCGAUCACGACCCGCGGGUCGGUGAGCGCCAGUGGGAAGGACCACAUAUUUCGUUCAUAGCCGCAACAGCUGUGACGGUGGGGGAUGAUGUGGGUAGGAUGCAAAACGCCGCUUCGCUCAGGAGACGCAGAUCUCUUGCGGUGGAUCAGAUUACAAAGGGGCUGGACCAAGAGGAGGGAGACCGGCGGUUCAAGGAUUUCGAGCGGACACUUCGCCGCGCCGCCGUCGACAGUGUGUUGAGCAGCUCCAGUGAGGAUAGCCCUUGGACAUGCGUCGAAUCUGAACUCCGCAAGGUCACAAACUUCCGCGAGAUGAUUUCGUCCAAUGGUGGCUCCCCCUUCGGCGUUGGUCAGGACUUACUGGCUUCAACCCCCAGCUUGGGUUUCGAGCAUGUUUCCGGGUGAAGCGGAUAUCGGCUGCGGCAACAAUGGCGUUGGCGCGUGGGUUAGGCAGUGGCACGGCGGGGUUUCGGGAGUAUUGAUCAUGUCUCCCUGCGCUUUUUGUUCCCCGUGUCCGGGAAUGAAGCGAUUCAAGUGCUUGUAUUUUCUCACGGUUACAUGUGCUGUAGAUAUAAAGUGUCGGAUUACUUUACUCGAUAAGUUUAAAGUUCUUGCGUUGGGCCUACGGUAUCAUCAUGGUGUGCCCAAAGGUACACACACGGCAAACGACGUUGUUUUUGGAGCUUC